CCCUCUUCUACGAAAAUGGCCGCUCCCCUGCCUGGCUACACACUUCCCAUUUUCUAUGAAUCAUUGCUGGCGGGGAUUAGUGCAGACGACACGAGGCAGUCAGCAGGUACAGAAACCGCCAACACCAGCCAGCCGCCGUCUCCAGUCUCCACCCCUGCCACCAGUCCACCGCCUCCCGCCACACCGUCAAGAAGUGUUAGGAUGUCUACCGCUGGACUUAAGUAUCUGUCUGGCUUUGGGUCUGAGUUUGCCUCAGAAGCACUGCCCGGUGCAUUACCUGAGGGCCAGAAUAGCCCUCAGGUGUGCCCCUACGGCCUUUAUGCUGAGCAGUUAUCUGGAACGGCAUUUACAGCACCUCGAGAGACCAACAGGAGGUCAUGGUUGUACAGAAUUCGACCAUCAGUCGCCCACAAACCUUUUGCAACCAUCAAGCACAACUUCCUUGAGAGUGACUUCAGCAAGAGACAUCCCAACCCCAAUCAGCUACGAUGGAAGCCUUUCGACAUCCCAAAGGAGGACAUAGACUUCGUGAAUGGUCUACGAACAGUAUGUGGGGCAGGCGAGCCACUUUCUCGCAAUGGUUGUGCCAUCCAUAUCUAUGUCUGCAACAUUUCAAUGGCCAACUCUGCCUUCUACAACAGUGAUGGAGAUUUCCUCAUUGUACCUCAACAGGGCACCUUGAACAUCACUACGGAGUUUGGGAAACUGUGUGUAUCACCCAAUGAGAUCUGUGUUGUGCAGCAAGGGAUGAGGUUUAGUGUGGGUGUGCAAGAACCUUCCCGUGGUUACAUCCUCGAGGUUUACAACGCUCACUUUGUUCUGCCCAAUCUGGGGCCAAUUGGUGCCAAUGGUCUAGCCAGCCCCAGGGACUUCUUAACACCAGUUGCUUGGUACGAGGAUCGUGACGUGAAUGACUUCCGCAUCAUCACCAAGUACCAGGGACACCUGUUUGAAGCGCUGCAAGGCCACUCUCCUUUUGAUGUUGUGGCAUGGCAUGGCAACUAUGUCCCUUACAAGUACAACCUCAAACACUUCAUGGUCAUCAAUGCAACUGCCUUUGAUCAUGCUGACCCUUCCAUCUUCACAGUGCUGACAUGCCCUAGUGAAAAGCCUGGAGUUGCCAUUGCAGACUUCGUCAUCUUCCCUCCACGCUGGGCUGUUCAGGAUCAUACCUUCCGCCCACCAUACUACCAUCGUAACUGUAUGAGCGAGUUUAUGGGUUUAAUACUUGGGAAAUAUGAGGCGAAAGAAGAAGGUUUUCUGCCAGGCGGUGCCUCUCUACACUCCAUGAUGACACCCCACGGACCUGACGCUGAUUGUUUUAAUAGUGCUUCAACUGCCAAACUUACUCCAGUCAGAGUUGCUGAUGGCACGCAAUCAUUCAUGUUCGAGACUUCUUUGGGAUUAGGACUGACAGAGUGGGGUGAACACACCUGUCAAAAGAUUGACGGUGACUACUUCAAGUGCUGGCAAGAUAUCAAGAAGAACUUUAAUCCCAACUGGAAGCCGACCCCAAAGGAAUAAAUAGGAAAUUACUCUGAUACCAGUGAUGUUAUAUCAUGAUAAAAUGUAACAUUAUUGAUAAUACUGUACACCUUAAUGGAUUUAAUGUAUAAUUUACCAAAUUACAGUAGUAAGUUUCUUGGGAAUUGAAUAAUACAGGUUCAAUGUAUGAAAUCCAGGUGAGAGGAAAUGGAGACCAUACAUUUUCACCACUCAUUGUUUUUGGGGAAAUUUUUACAAAAAAAAAAUAUAUAUAUAUAUAUAUAGUAUAUAUAUAUAUAUAUCACGCGCACCUACAGUGAUUUACUUGCAUAUAUAUAUAUAUAUAUAUAUAUAUAUAUAUAUAUAUAUAUAUAUAUAUAUAUAUAUAUAUAUAUAUAUAUAUAUAUAUAUAUAUAUAUAUAUAUAUAUAUAUAUAUAUAUAUAUUCAAGACCUCUGAAGAUGCAAUGCCCUCCUCUUUUCUCUGAGCUUCGUACUUGACUACUGAGAGUGCCAUCCGCUGAUUAUCUCUCAACUUAUCAGGGCCUGACUCCACCAGUUUUAAACACUUCCUCCAGCCUCUUGACUGCAAAAUUUAACUGGAUUCCAAGGCCAUCAAAAUAUGGGUGCAAGCACUCGGUAGGUGAUAAUUAGAUUGACCCAAAGCACUGACAAUAUCGAAUUUGUAAGAAGAACCACAAAUUUUGUUUUAGAAAAGUUAUGUUCACCAUAUUUAUGGUAGACACCUUUGAAGCUAAAGUUUUUGUUACUGUCAUUGAAGUAUUGUUCAGCUGUACUUUACUUUAGUUUGUGUAAUAGACAGCUUAAUUGUGACAUUCAAGUUAAAGGUAAAGUUUUAAUUUAUCUUGAAUAUAAUUAGUUUUUUUCCUGUUUAGAAAAUUUGAAUGCAAUAUGCAAAUCUGUGAUAUACAGUAAACCCUCCAGGUUGGCAACUAAUUAGUGCCAAAAAAACCUCGCCAAACUAGAGGGCUUAAUCCAAUUUGAAAAAGCCUAAUUGAUACCGAGGGGCCACCCAAAGUCUCAAAUUUUUCUAUUUUACCCACAUAUAACCAAUAUUUCAUUGCUGAAAGAGAAUGAAUAAUUAGAUAAUCAACAUAAACAUAGAAAACCAACUUUAAAAUUAAAGUUGAGGAGCUUAAUGUACACUAAGCUGGUAUCCGAGACCUUUUAAAUUUUCUUCCCAACUCGAUACUCACAAGAAUUUUUUGUCUUUACCCCAUCAUUUGAACCGCCUGGGCGCUCAGACGGUCUUUCACCACCAUUAUCAUCCCCUCCAAUACCCCAGGUACUUUUGAAGCCAUUAUUCCACGCGAGAGGAGUAAAAAAAGGGGAACAAAGGCCAAGGUCACUCAAACAAGCACUGGGAAUGUGGAAUGACGUGGUCAAAAUGGCUGCCUGAACAGCUGACUGGCGCUUUGCACUCGGUAAAUACUCGCCAGUAGUAUUAAGCAAGAUUUAUCUUGCACUUAUUAUUACACAAUUAUUAGUUGUGAUUGCAUUUAAAUUUAAACUCUCGCCAAAGGUGAGGGUUUGGUUGCCAUAAUGGAGGGCAGGGUACUUUGAAUUUUGAUCGCCAACUUCGAAUUCGCCAAACAGAAAGUCGUCAAACUGGAGGGUUUACUGAAUAGUCUUGUAUAUAAUGCAAUCAAGUGUGAUAGAUGGAUGUCAAAUGCCAUUUUUGGUCUGAGUGAGUGAGUGUUAACUUGCGAACAAAAAUAUGAGUAUUAGCUACAUUAUAUUUAAAUUAUUGGUAAUAGUGUAUCUUUAUUGUUUUGGGUAAAAUAUGUAUACUGUAUAUAGGUUGUAGUUGGACCAAUUUAGCAUUUCAAAACUGGAAUAUAUAUCUGUUAAAGAAUAGUUAAUAAAUUUGUGCAUUUCUUUAA